UUAUAAGUCACUCCCUUAUAGGUGGGCACAGUGAUCUGAGAGACACCGCAUACCCUGCCAGAUUGUUGCUGUGGGUGGAUUAUGGACUUCCAAGAAAUACAAUUCCUCUACUUUUAAGAAACGGUGAAACAGAAGCCAGGCAUGAUAGUCCAUAUCUUUAAUCUCAGCACUCGGGAGGCAGUAUUCGAUGCCAGACUGAUUUGCAGAGCAAAUUCCAGGACAGCCAUGACUACAAAGAGAAAUCCUGUCUCAAAAGAAAAGAAAAUGGUGAACUAGAAAUUAGAGAGGCGGUCUUAUGUGCAGGAAUCUGACAUGGCUCAAGAGUCUCCCAAAAAUUCUGCAGCAGAAAUUCCAGUAACUACUAACGGAGAAGUCGAUGACUCCCAUGAACAUGGCUACCACAGGGAUUUGAAGUGUUCAUUACCAUCUGGACUUGGACUCUCAGAAACUCAGAUUACAUCUCAUGGCUUUGACAGCACCAAAGAGGGGAUUAAUGAAGCAGGCACAUCCCAAGGUUCCUCAGCGCCACCUUUGCCAUCCGUUCUGUCUCCCAGCAGGGUUGCAGCUGGUCAGCUGGCUCAACAAGGAGGUGACCUAACUGUCUCUGCAGGUGGCCAGAGAACACACACAAAAGGUGGAGCAGUUAUUCUAGCAGAUGAAAUUAAAAAUCCUGCAAUGGAAAAAUUAGAACUUGUUAGAAAAUGGAGUCUCAACACAUACAAGUGCACCCGGCAAAUCAUCUCUGAGAAACUAGGCCGUGGCUCGAGGACAGUGGACCUGGAACUGGAAGCUCAGAUCGAUAUAUUAAGAGAUAAUAAGAAGAAGUAUGAGAACAUUCUGAAGCUGGCUCAGACGCUGGCAACACAGCUCUUCCAGAUGGUGCACACCCAAAAGCAGCUUGGAGAUGCGUUCGCUGACCUGAGUUUGAAGUCUCUAGAACUCCACGAAGAAUUUGGCUAUAAUGCAGAUACCCAGAAGCUGCUGGCUAAAAACGGAGAGACUCUUCUUGGGGCCAUUAAUUUUUUCAUUGCUAGUGUGAACACGCUGGUGAAUAAAACCAUUGAAGAUACACUCCUGACUGUAAAGCAGUAUGAGAACGCCAGGAUUGAAUAUGAUGCGUAUCGCACUGAUUUGGAAGAACUGAAUCUUGGACCACGUGAUGCAAGCACUCUACCAAAAAUUGAGCAGUCACAGCAUCUGUUCCAAAUACACAAGGAAAAAUACGAUAAAAUGCGUAGUGAUGUUUCUGUCAAAUUGAAAUUUCUUGAAGAAAAUAAGGUGAAGGUAUUGCGCAAUCAGCUGGUCCUUUUCCACAGUGCUGUUGCUGCCUACUUUGCGGGGAAUCAGAAGCAGCUCGAACUGACCCUUAAGCAGUUCCACGUCAAGUUGAAAACCCCUGGAGUGGACGCCCCGUCCUGGCUUGAAGAGCAGUAAACUCACCCGGAAAGGAGCGAGCAGGGUGUUGUUAAACAGCUGAUAGCCUAGGCAGAAUGGAGUGGUGUUGGGGAGCGGUGAGGGAACACCAUUGCAGUGACUCUUGCACGGAUAGCUUUUAUUUUCCCCUUUUCAUACCCUAACAAUUGAGCUGUUAAAUCCGAACAGAAGGUAGGUGAUUUUUAUGUAAACGUGAUUACAUAAUUUCUAUAAUUCUAAACACAAUAAUUUUCCUUUUUGAGAAAUCCUUUUUGUAUUGUGAAGGUUGGUGGCUAUUUCUAUAAUUUGAAAUAUUUAAUAUAGAUUUGCACUGAUAAGAUAAAAAUUCAAGGCUUUUGGUCCUAGAAACGAGGACCAGCUAUAAUUUUUCAAAGGAGGUUUACAUGAUUUGUAUCAAAGUCAGAUAUUUUAUAUAUGAAUAUAUCCAACAUCUUUGAGAAGUUCAUGUUUGUGUAUUAAAGAAAGAAAGCUAUUUUGCAGAGUAAGUUAUAUGGCGUCCUGCAGCGUCCACAGAAGGGAUCGCUCUAAUGAAUGAUUGAUUGGCUCAUAGAUUGUGGUAGACACCUUUUAAAAAUUGAUCUGCACCACUGUAACUUGGUUAGGUGUUUUUAAAGACCUGGGAAUCACACUGUCAUAAUUUCUAUGACGUGUUUUAACUUAGGAAUUUGACACUUGUGUCAGCAAUUUUGAUUUAUUAUGAAACCUACUUAAGGGAGGUGGAUUUUUUUUAUUUUGUUUUCUACAUGUGGACAUAGGAAUGGAAACUCGUAGUGGUUUCUAGAGUAGUGAUUUGUAGAUUAGAAAGCUAGUUUGGGGUAAAUUCCGUUUUGAUAGAAGAGAAUUUCCAGACCAUGUUCCUUGACUUCCAUGUAUGACUACCAGUUAAGCCUUAAAUCACAGAUACGUGCCUUCUCAGACGCAGUAAUCUUGUCCAACCUUGUACAGAAACCAUGGAGAAACCCUACAGAGAGCGUGUGAUGUGUCUGUUCUUUGGAGAGGAGCACAGUAGUGCUGGGAUUCUUGGUCCUCAUGAAACCACACUUGGGGUGUGGUUGGUGAAACCAACUUUGGAGUCUUUUGUUUCUCUUAACUCCUUUUGAAGAAUGGGGCUGAGGGGAGUUUUUCCCACCUGGGUAAUGAAGAGAUUGUGUGGAGGCCAUAGGAGGGGAGGCCAGCACUGUUUUAUGGUGCAGUCGGCCUGUCUGCUGUGGGGGCUUCCUCGGCGAAGUAAUCUUGUUUAAAUGUAAAGUUCCUUUGAUUUUGUCGUACAUAUAACUGAGUAUUUGGAGAGCUAUCACUUUAUCUAUUCAUUUCUAUUGUGUUGAAAUGAAGUACUUAAAAUGACUGUUAUACGUGACCUUUGUAGCCUGUCCAAUGUGUUGUCCAUGUCCAGAUGCCUCUUCGCUGGUAUUUUAUUAAUAUGUCUAUUUGGAGUGCUUAAUACAGUGUAAUGUGAUUGUAAGUCAUGGACCUAUUUUAAAUCAUUCCCUCCUGUAUAUUUGUACUCUGAAAGAGCCUUAUUUUAUUCUUCAAGCAGAGUAGCUACUUGUGAUGGUUAUUCACACUCUCCAGAGCGUGCCUCUGGCGUGAAUUUUGUAUUCUUAUUAAAGUUUCUGCUGCA